AAAUAUUUUAUUUCUAUUCUUUUAACCUGUCUUUUAGUUGUUCGAGUAGGUACUUGUAACAAAAUUCCAUUAAGGUUAUAGAUUUAAAUUAAAUCAAUUUAAUUUUUCAGAAUUGAAAAGUGUUAUCUAGUGCUUAACAGUUUAGAUUUUAGAGUGUGUUGAUUCUUGAGGUCUAUAAACACUAAACAGUAAGCAAUUUACAUAAUAGGUAUUUUUUAUUUUCACUACAUGAUUCGUAAAACUAUAGCAAGUAUAAUGGCAGCUAAACCAUGGGAAUCUACACAUCGUUUAUCCCCAUAUGUUCGCCCUCAGCAGUACUUUAUUAAUUUGUUCCCAAAUCUUGAACAAGGUUCAUUUGUUGGUUCUGUUGAUAUUUCAAUAGUAUUGGACACUGCUCAAAGUUACAUUAAACUACAUUCAAAAGGAUUGAAUAUCAAAGAAACAAAACUAAAUUCGAGUUCUGUAACAUCGUUUUUAUAUCCAGAACAUGAAUUCUUAGUUAUAGUACCCAAUGAAGAACUAAAUGCUGGGGAAUACAAAUUACAACUAUCUUUUGAAGGUAGUUUAUUAAACAAAAUAGUUGGAUUUUAUCGAAGUGUUUAUACAGAUUCAAAAAGCCACAAACAACAUUAUAUUGCUACUUCAAAGUUUGAACCGACUUAUGCACGUUUAGCAUUUCCAUGCUUUGAUGAGCCUCAGUUGAAAUCAAAAUUUAAAAUAAGUUUAACUCGACCAUCUGGUAAUAACUACAUAGCAUUAUCCAAUAUGAACCAAGAGUCUGAAGAGGUCAAUGUGCCUACAAAUGGGUUCACUACUGUUCAUUUUGCAAACACUGUCCCAAUGUCUACAUAUUUGGCUUGUUUCAUUGUAUGCGAUUUUCAAUCACUUGAACCUGUUAAAGCAGAUCAAGGAUUUCCAUUAACAGUGUAUGCCAGGAAUGGUCAGUCUGAAAAUAUGAAAUAUGCUCAACAUGUAGGUCUCCAGGCAAUUAAUUUUUACGUCAAUUAUUUUGGAAUUCAAUACCCACUACCAAAACUUGAUUUAAUAGCUAUCCCAGAUUUUGUUUCUGGUGCCAUGGAGCAUUGGGGUCUUGUGACAUUUCGUGAAACUAGUGUAUUAUAUAAAGAAGGCGUAAGUUCUAGUAAUAACCAAGAGCAAGUAGCUUUAACUGUUGCCCAUGAAUUGGCUCAUAUGUGGUUUGGAAAUCUUGCUACUAUGAAGUGGUGGAAUGACUUAUGGCUUAAUGAAGGAUUCGCUUCUUAUAUGGAAUUUAAAGCUUUACAAGUUGUCCAUGCUGAUUGGGAUGUUGACACAUUGUUUCUAAUCCAUAGUCUUCAAUCGGUACAACAUCUAGACAAUAAACUUAGUUCUCAUGCUAUAGUGCAAGAUGUUUCUCAUCCAGAUCAAAUAACCGAAAUUUUUGAUGUCAUAUCAUAUAAUAAAGGUUCUUCUGUAAUACGAAUGUUAGAAGGAAUGUUGGGUGAAGAAAUAUUCAGAAUUGGUGUAAGUGCUUAUUUAAAACGUUUUGCAUUUAACAAUGCUGAAACUGAUGAUUUAUGGACAGAAUUACAAACAGCGACUCAAAAUACAGUUGAAGUUAAAAAGGUUAUGGAUACAUGGACACGACAAGCAGGGUUUCCAGUAGUAUCUGCAAUGAGAAAUGGCACUAAACUUACCUUAAAACAACAAAGAUUUUUAUCCAACCCAAAUGUUGAUUCUUCUACCAAUUCAUCUCUAUAUAAUUACAAAUGGGAAAUACCUAUCACUUAUACCACUUCUAAAAAUAACACUGUGCAUAAGUUUUGGUUAUCCAAAGAUGUAGAUUCGAUUACAAUAGACAUUCCCGAUGCUGAAUGGAUAAAACUAAAUCAUAGACAAGUUGGAUAUUACAUUAUAAACUAUUCGGAAAAUGAUUGGCAUUUACUUAACAAGUUAUUAGUAAAAAAUGUUGAUGCAUUAAAUGCUGCUGACCGUUCAAAUCUUAUUCACGAUGCCUUUAGUUUAGCUAAUGCUAAUUACUUACCAUAUGGCAUAGCAUUAAACAUGACAAAAUAUCUAUCUUCGGAACAUCAUUUUGUUCCUUGGGAUGUAGCUGCUACAAACUUAAAUACAUUAAGGAAUAAUUUAUAUCAACGGCCGGCACAAAAAAACCUUGAAAAAUAUGUACACAAUUUAUUGGGAAAUAUAAAAGAAGAUUAUUGGAAUGAUUCAAAUAAUAGAAACUUUUUGCAACGUAAACUUCGAGGAAUUAUUCUCAAUUUAGGAUGUUUAUAUGGUUUACAAAGCUAUCAAACAACAGUAUAUGAAUUAUUCAAACGUUUCUUGGAUGAUAAAGUCCAACCAAAUCCAGAUAUUAGAUAUACAGUUUAUUACUAUGGAAUAUCUCAGGGUAAUGUUAGUGAUUGGGAUAGACUGUGGGACUUAUUCUUAUGUGAACAAGAACCUCAGGAAAAAAUUAAACUUAUGGUAGCAUUAACUGCCUCAAAAGAAACAUCAAUAUUAACUAGACUAUUGCAACAUGCGAAGAAUGAGAGUUAUGUUCGUUCCCAAGAUUAUUUUAUAAUUAUAUCACAGAUAAGCCGCAAUCCUGUUGGAACUCAAUUGGUAUGGGACUUCUUAAGGGAUGAAUGGCAGUACUUGGUAGAUCGUUUUUCUCUAAAUGAUCGGGCAUUUGGUAGACUCAUUCCUUCAGUGUGUUCUAAUUUCAAUACAUAUGAACGCCUUGAAGAAAUGAAAGGAUUUUUUGAUAAACAUCCAGAAGCUGGAGCUGGAAAAGCUGGUCGAAAAACUGCACUAGAAGUUGUGUCAAACAAUAUUAAAUGGUUAGAAAAUCACGAAGCUGCUAUUAGUAAUUGGUUGAUUAAUUCCAUUUAAUUUUUAAAAAUUGACUGAUUAGAUUGUCAAUAUUUAAAAUAUCAAAAGAUAUAUAAUUUUGCAGGGUCUUAUUAAUUGUUGUUAUAUGUUAACCUUUAUAUUAUUCUCAUGGCUAAAUAACUAAAAUAAAAGGUUGGUAAGCCAUGAAUGUUCCUAUUUUUUAA